CAGUCAACGAAUUGCUUCCUUCAGUUGUGUUAAUGUUGCUUUCAUGUUUCUUGUGAUUACUGUAAUUUGGAAGCAUACUAAUUAUUAAAGUAAAGUGCAUUGAAUGUAGGACUCACCUAAACCCAGUUCUUCCAAAAUAAGAAUAUGUAAUUAAGCUACAAGCCUCGAGCGCAACGAGACUUUCAAUAAUUCAAACUACCCCGUGAAAGUUUUCUUACAAAGUUUCAAAAACCAGAUUUAAGUGAUGUCUGUGGCGAUGUGAUGUUCGCAAACAGAUGCACAGAUCUUUGUGUGUGGAUUGGCCUAAAGUACAUUAAAAUAAAAAUUGGAAAGUCCCUUGUCUGUAUUGUCUCUUUGGUUCUAUUUAACUGUAGUUACUUUGGGCGGUGGCGGUAAAAGUGCAUUUGAAUGCUUUCGGAGUAGUUUUUUCAAAAAAAUGAAGGUUGCUGUGGUUACUGGUGGAAACAAGGGCAUUGGUUUUGCAAUUGCCCGUGGUCUAUGCCAAAAAUUUGAUGGCACUGUGUACCUCACGGCAAGAGAUGAGACACGUGGUCUGAAGGCUAUUGAAGAAUUAAAAAAGAAUGGAUUAAAUCCAAAAUUUCAUCAGCUUGAUAUAGAUAACUUAGAAAGCAUAAAAAGAUUUCAGGACUACAUAAAAGAAAAAUAUGGAGGACUUGAUGUACUUGUAAACAAUGCUGCUAUAGCAUAUAAGGUAAACAGAUACUGGUAUAAGAAAACCAGCACCUUUUUCUUUUUAAAGCAAUAUUAUACAACAAUUUCAUAUCUAAUGUCAAGAAUGAAAAAUUAUUCCAGGAGUGUAAAUGAAGCUGGACUAAUGUUAUUGAAGAUGCUCCACGAGAAGCAACUAAAAGAUAAGAUGAAUGCAGUCAGUGCAUCUGGAGAAUAUGUUACUCGUGUAUUACAACACCCUGUUGAAUUGUCAGAGGGAGACAUUGCUGACAGUGAUAAUGACCCUGAUAUUCAUAUAUUUAAUGAUCCCAACAUGAACUUGGAGCUGGAAACUGAAAGUGAUGAAGACGUGUCAGCAAAGAAAAAUACACAUUCUGAAGAAGGCUGGGGCAACUCCGCCUAUGUUGUAUCAAAAGUUGGAGUUAGUGCUUUAACUUUCAUACAACAGAGAAAGUUUGACUGUGAUGAGAGACCUGAUCUUGUUGUAAAUGCUGUGCAUCCUGGAUAUGUUGAUACUGACAUGACAAGUCAUACGGGACCAUUAACCAUUGAAGAAGGUGCUGUUGCACCUUUACAUUGUGCUCUCCUGCCACCUGGAGUAAAAUCACCUCGUGGCAAAUAUAUUUGGUGCGAUAAAAAAGAGGUUGACUGGAUCAGUGGACCAGUUCCAUCACAGCACUAACUGAUGUGUCUGUUACAAUGAAAGCGAUGUACUUUGAUUGCAUGAACUAUACUUGCUCAAAAUAUUACCUGUGUCUGUUAGGACAAACAUUCAUGCUUCUGUUACCCUUCAGUGUAAGAACAAUGUACAAAGGGAAAAAAUAAAGUGUUUGGGCAAGUAA